AUGCGCCGCCUCCCCGCCUGGUUCGUCCGCAGCGGCACCUCCACCGGCCUCCUCUUCAACCGCGCCUCCCUUCCCCCCGUUCCCUGCCAGUGGCAACCCAUCCUCGCUCCCGCAAUGGGCUCUCCCGACCCCCUAUACGCCCGCCAACUCGACGGCAUGGGGUCCGGCAUCUCCUCCACCUCCAAAGUCGUCGUCGUCGGCCCUCCGUCCUCAAACUCCUCCGGUCCCGGCUCCGAUGUGGGGCCGUCAUCUUCCACCGCCGACGCCGCCAUCGACGCCGAAUUCACCUUUGUCCAAGUCGGCAUCCGCGACGGCGCCCUCGAUCUCGCGGGCACAUGCGGCAACAUGUCCGCCAUCGUCGGCCCCGCCGCAUGGGACAUGGGCCUCGUCCCGGCGUCCCGCGUCGCCUCCCGCGUCUCGUACGACGGCGCCACGCGCUCCCGCUGGGCGACGCUCCGCAUCCUCAACACAAACACCAACAAGGUCGUCGUGUCACGCUUCCAGCUGGACGGCAGCCCGCUCGCCUACGCCCCGCGCGGCGACUACGCCAUGGACGGCGUGCCGGGGACGCAGUCGCCCAUCACGCUCAGCUUCGUCGAUCCCGCGGGUGCCAAGACGGGGCGGGCGCUGCCGACGGGGAAUCCCGUGGACGAGCUGCAGCUUCCCGACGGGAGCCGUGUCAGGGCAUCGCUGGUCGACGUCAGUAACCCGGGCGUCUUCAUCACCACAUCGAGUCUCGGCAUCGACGACGCGGCGGCGGCAAACCUCACCCCGGCCCUGGUCGAAGCAGACUCGGCACUGAAAGCCCGCCUCGAGCAAGUCCGCCAGGCUGGUGCCUCAGCAAUGGGCCUGGACCCGAAAACCGAGAGCGUGCCAAAGGUGGUGAUGCUACUGCCGGCCAGCGCCAGGAAAUCCGCAGAGACGGACAUCCAGUGCCUCGCCAUGUCCAUGGGACAGGCGCACAAGGCUGCGCCCCUGACACUGUCCCUGUGCCUGGGCGCGGCGUCGCAGAUUGACGGCACGAUCGCGGCGGAGUUGAUGGGGGGUGAGAAGAAGCAGGUUGUCAGGAUUGGGCAUCCUAGCGGCGUGGUGGACGUGGGCACGACGGUGAAGAAUGGCAAGAUUGAGGAGGCCAAGCUCUUGCGAACGGCGAGGGUGCUGAUGAAGGGAGAUGUAUACUAUUAA